AUGGGCGAAUUUACGUUGCUUGAUCAUCUCCGAUCGAUGGCACAACAGAACGGUAAUGAACAACGCGUGCAAGUUAAUCAAAGACUACUAAUUGAUAAAAUGCUUGCUCGUUAUUCAUCUGAUUUCGUUGUUUUCCGUGAACUCAUUCAAAAUUCUGACGAUGCUAAAGCAACAUCAUUUCAUUUUGAAAUAACAUGCGAACCGUUAAGACCACUUGUUACUUCAGCCAAGACGAAAAUCACAUUACCAUCAAAAGAAUUGGCAGCUCAAAACGAAUCAUUGCUGAUGUCAAAUACAGUACUGAAAUUUCACAACAGUCGAAUUACUCAACUUCGAAUGGUGAACAACGGUAUCGUAUUUGAUGAGACUGAUUGGAAACGUGUUGCAUCAAUUGCUGAAGGAAACACCAAUGUUGAGUCAGUUGGACAAUUUGGUGUUGGAUUUUUUACUGUGUUUUCUUACUGUGACGAACCAAUAAUUACAUCUGGAAAUGAAUACAUGGCAUUUGUCUGGCGGGAUGAUAUUUCAUUGACAACAUAUCGUUGUCAAUUACCAAUCGAACAACAAUCAAAUCAAACUUCAAUUAUACUCAAGAUGAAAACAGAAUAUAUUCUAAUAACAGAAGCUAAUACAGAUUCAUCAGAAAGUAGAGUCAAAUUAGCUAAGAAUACAACAAAGGGCACAACUGAAAAAGAAACUGUGCCAUCCAUUGACUUCAAUCAAUUGAAAACCUACUGCGCCAAAGUACUUUCAUUUACAAAAUAUAUCAAUGAAAUUAGUGUUAAAAUCAAUGGAGAUAUGGUAUUUAAUGUAAAAAAAACGAAGGUCCUCAUACCAUCUGCUCAAGGAAAAGCUCAGUUUAAAAAACAAUCUUCAGUUCAUAGUAUAUUAAAUCUUAAUAGGUUUGAAGAAAGUGAACAAACAUUUUCUAUUACAAAUGGCCCAUCAUUGACAUUGAGACACAUCGCUGUUGAUGCAGCAGUUACUAUUAAUGAAAAACUUCAUUCGCAGAUUCAGCAUACAAUGAAAAAACGUCUACCAUCCAACAUUCAGAUUCAAAUUUUAUAUGCAUCAAAUGAUCUUAUUGCUAGUAGACGGUCCCAAACACCACCAAUCGAUACUGAUCCAAACGCCGAAAUUCUAAAUUCAUUAAUUCCACUAAAAUUUGAAAACGGUCGCGUAACUCCAUCAGGUCUAAUAUUCGUUGGUCUUGGAACACAUCAAACGACAGGAUUUGGAAUGCAUGCCUUUAGUCAUUUAAUUCCAACGAUUGAACGUGAAAAUAUUGAUUUACAAGAUGCAUAUAUUUCUAUAUGGAAUACUGAACUUCUUAUGUCAAUUGGUCAAAUAGCACGAUUGAUUUAUGAUAGAACAAUGCUCACUGAUUUCAACAAAAGUCAAAAAUUGAUCGAUGAUUAUGAAAUAUCUCUUAUCUCAUAUUCAUUUCAAUCAUCAGUACCAGACGGUAAAAUUGGUAAAGCAAUAAUCGAGGGCUUUUUUGUAUUAAAGAACGAUGUUUUUCUGCCUACACAACAAAAGCCAUCCGACAAAUGUCUUACUCUUGUGCCAUCGACAACAGCUUUUCUAGCAAGAUCAAAACGAAUUCAUAAAUUUUUAUCUCUCCCAUUGAUUCCAUUUCAAUUGGUUGACAGUAGUUUCAUUCGAACUCUGGAAAAGUGGGCAUUAAUCAACAUCGCAGACAGAAGCAUAAUUGAAAAAAAACUUUUUUCAUCUAUUUUAUCGAAAGAUGAACUUAUUGAAUUAAUCCAAUGGCUGUUUAGUGAGGAUGUCGCAGAUAAAUUGUACGCCAAACGUAUUCUUUUAAUUAUUUCCUUUAAUGAUCCUUGUUCUCAUUGUAAUAUAAAAUUCGGAACUAUCCAAUACUAUGACGCUUUGAACACACCAUCAAUGUUACCUUUACCUAGUAAUACCUUGCCAAGAGACAUUACUGCUGUUUUUUCAAAAGAUCAACUUGAAAAUCAAUUAUCGUUAAUACCUUUGAAGCUUAUUGAUCUAGUUAACUCUUAUUGCAAGGGUGACAUGUCACGUUUAAUAUCAGAUCCAAAGCUAAAUCCAUACUUUCUCAGCUUCGUUUCCACUUGUUUGAGUCAAAUCAAUAAACAACAAUUGACGCAAAUAAAACAACUUUUAUCGAAAUGUGUAUGCAUACCAACAACAAAAGGUAUGAAAAUACCUCGUGAAUCAUUCAUCCCAUCAGAAUUGACAUCACCUGAAUUGCCUGUGGUAUUACUUAAUAUCAUACAAACUGAUACAGACAAUAACGAACAAUUAAGUCAAGAUCUUGAAAAUCCAGUCACGCUUGCGUUUCUCAAACAAAUCGGGUGUCGAAUGUUCAAUAUUCAUGCAUUGGAUGAUAAUAGAGUCGGCUCCGAUAGGUUUCCAGAUUUGAAGAAACUUAUUCGUCUAUUAAUAAAAGAACGUGAUAAUAUGAUUGAAGAAGAUUUCUCUGAAUUAAAAGUGAAAAAAAUAUUUAGAGGUACAACUUUAGAAGGAACUGAAGAAACAAAACAACUCUAUAUUCCAAGCGAGCUUCAUUUUCCAUCUGUUGCUGCUACACUCGGUUGGUGUACAUUACCCAUCAUUGAUUGGCUUGAUAUUAAUCCACAAUCGAGUGAAUAUGCUUUUCUCAAAGAGAUUGGCGUACAAGAGAUGCCUGAUUUGCAAAAAGUUCUCGAACGAAUUACACAAGAGCAUACUGAGAAACAACAAAAACAAACCAGUAAUGCACAAUACGAAAUCUCAUUGACACUUAAGUUUUUUGCUGAAAAAUUUAAACAAUACUAUCUUAAAUCAUGGAAAAAAGACUCACAUGGUGAAUAUCCAUUUCUUCCGUCAUAUUCUCCAGGAAAAACUAUCGAUGAGUGUAAUAAAAAUAACGUGAUACUCUGUGCGGCAAAGCAUGUAUUUACAGCAGUAAACCCGUUGUUUCCCAGCCUUUUACCUGAGGUAGUCAAGUUAUUUCAGAGGCAUUUCGAUAUUUUGUCGCUUGGUAUCGAAGGUCGUCCAACUCUUAAACAAGCAUUUAAUGCCAUGAUGGAAAGAAAGAAUGAUUUGUUAACGGAACAAUCAGCAUCAAGAAUAUUUGCCUAUUUGAAUACUAUUGAGCUGCCAAAUGAAGCGUUUAAAAGAGAAAUAUCUCAAUUUUGUUUCAUUCCAUUACAUGACAAUUCCAAUGGUACAAAACUGGUCAAACCAUCGGAAGUUUUCAUUCGUGCAAAUGUCACAUCGAGUAAAGCAACUAUUGCUAAUGUCGAUAAUUUCGUUUCACGUGGUCUUAUUGAUUAUGUUGAUUUUGGUGUUGAUGCGAACGCAUUUCUCAAGAAUAUGGGUGUUUGCAAUUAUCCGAGACCUUCAGAUCUUGCUGGACUUCUUAUUCAACGGCAAGCUGCUUAUUUUGCUAACAUCAAUAGUAACCAGGAUCUUUUGAAUAAAAAAUGUCUUUUUUAUAUGGACUGUCUGCGAAGACUUGCCUACUAUGUUGACGGUUCAAAUGAACUUAAUUUUGAACCAUUAAAUACACGUUUACGAACUAAUGCAUGGUGUCUUGGCUAUCAAACAGUUGUUGAUGCAAAUGGUACAAAUGAAAAAAUAUUGAAAAUUGUUAAACCAAAUGAAAUAUAUCUUGAGGAUAAUUCAGUAUAUUCGAUGCAAUUACAUCCACUAUUACCACCGAACAAGGAACUAGAAAAAUUAUAUGAACAUUUUGGAGCUCGAUGGCUAUCAAAAUGUGUCAAAGAAAGCCCUAAAAUUUUAGGCAAAAGCUUUCCUUCUGAACGUGCAACCAAGCUAAAAAAACACAUUCAAGAAAGAUUUCCUAUGUUAUUUGUUAAUAAUAGAGGAGAACCACUGCCCAAUCGUGACGAGAAAAAUUGGGAAUUAUUACGUAAGACACUCUCUGUUUAUGAAGUCGAUGCGAUUAAAGUUUCGUUGGUAUUUGAAGACAAAGUUCAUCCACUCAACCAAGAAUACAGUAGCUCAUGUCACAUGGAGUGCAACAAUAAAGAAGUGAUACUUUACAUUAGAAAAGAUGCAACUUCAUUGCGAUAUCGGGAUAUUGCGAAUAAACUUGCUACUUUUGUACUCAAGAAACCUGAAGAGCAUGUACAAAACAUCAGGGAUAAACUUGAAUUAUCAAUAGAAGAACUCAAACGCGAAGGUAUUCCUGUUGAACGUUUACUUGAAAACACUCCAGAUAUACCAAAACUAGAUCGUAUGACUGAGCUAGUCAAAGAGCAUCCAGUUGAGCCAGUCAUACAGCAUCCAAUUGGGCCAGUCAUGCAGCACCCAGUUGGGCCCCUCAUAGAGCAACCAUCCACGCCCGUCGUUGAGAAGAAGCCUGGCUUUGUUCAAAUGAUACUGGGCUUUUUAUUUGGCCGAGGACGUAAUAACCACGUUCAUCCUGUUAAUUCAACACCAUUAAACACGAAUACCAAGAUGUCUAUGGAGGAUGAAAAUACUGAGAGUACACCAACGACAAAUCUUGACAAUGCAAAUAAAUCAACUGAGCAAAACAACCGAAUCCCAUCAAUUACAGGUGUGGGAGGCGAUAGUAUUGAAUAUGACUAUUCUAUCAAGGCGCCUCCUAAUAUGCCGAAUUUCAAAACCAAAGUGGGAGCAGUUGAAGCCCAAUUACCCGAAAUACUUAAGGGUCAAUCCUAUAAACACCCACAACUUACUCAGUUGGCACAUACUGAAACAAAGAUUAGUACAAGCUGUGAAGAAAUUCCUGCUAUAAAAAUGAUACGCACAAAACAUAUAUUUCAUUCGAUUCCAUUGUAUAUUGAGGAUGGCGUAAAACUAACGGAUAGAAUGCUCGAUCAUGCAAAACAACUCUCUCAUCUUCUCAGAUGUCUUGCUACUCAUGUUUUUAAAGCUGAUGUUAAAAACUUACAUAUUUUUAGAGAUAUCAAAACAGAUAGGAUCGCUUUCAAUUUUGGGGGCGCUAUUUUUUUCAAUCUUCGUUACUUCGAGCAAGUAUAUGCAGAUGAGUUAGAGCCUUUACUACAACAACUAUCUUCAUCAAAGCCUAUGAUACAUACGAUUGUUAAUUUUUACUUUAUGGUAUACUGCCAUGAAUUAUCACACAAUAUUGCAAAAGGGCAUGAUGAAGCAUUCGUUCAAUGUAUCGAAAGAGUUGCUGUUAGAUUUAUGACGGAUAAAGAUAUGCUUCUAGAACAUUUUUCAUUUAAAGAUUCUAUGAAAAACCUUAAUUGA